UUAGUGUAACCAAUGACAAUAGUGAGGGGUGUGUCAUAAUGAUUAAGUUAAUUAGUGAAACUAUUCAACAGUUUAUGGCAUAUUAAAUAUUAGGCUAUUAUCAUAUAGAAACAUAAUUUAAUAUUGUGCAUAAUAUUAGCAUCAACAUACAUUGUUUUGUAUUUGAUAUGUUACAUGUAGUAUUUUGGUUCAACCUUAAUGCAUAAUAAGCAUCAUCAACAGUGGGAACAUAUUAGGUGUAUGCUAAUAAGCUGUAGAAAGAAUAUACAUUUGAGACUUGUUCAUAUGCAAACCCUGAGCAGCAGACUUCUCACCUGCAUGCUCACAGCACAUAUACAUAGCUCUUAUCACAUCACCGCACCUGCUCUCUCUGUACUUGUUUGCCUGGAAGAAAAACACAGUGGGCCAAGUUAAUGUAAUACAUGAAACCCAAUCAGAUAUCAAAACAUUUAUUCACAUCAUAUAAAUAGGUAGGUAAUGCUGUGGAGGGGGGGGGGCCUACGAGGGUUUUAUAAAUAAGCAUAAACCAGAGGGUCUUGCGACGGGUACACAGAGAUGACCAGUUUACAGAGGGGAAUAGAGUGCAGUGUCCGAUAAGGGCCAUUUUUGGACAUAAUUAAUUACGUGGACAAAUAUUAUGACCCAUUAACCACCAGUAGAUAUUACAAUUAUAGAUGUUAAACUCAUGAUUUUAUACCUGUUAUUCAAGACUUACACAAUAUUUGCUGCGAACGUCUCCGGAAUCCCGGGUGUUUACUCAAAUGUCGUCCGACUGGAUUGGCUGCGCUACGGACUUUGCUGAUUAAAUUGCAGAAUAAUAAUUAUAUUAUUUUGUUUGUCUAUAAAUGUAUUGUUUUUGUGGAUAACGCACGACUAAAAAAAAAAGUGUACGCUUUUGAGCGCUAAGUGGUAAUAGUUUGUUACACUAAUGUAGGUAGGACCACAGACUUUACCAGCCUCUUGGCAACAACGGAAUAUUGUUUCUGUAACAAGUUUUGAUAGAAAAGUCGCUGACAAGCUAGCUUUAGCUUGUGAAGUUUGAGAGAUAGCAUAAUUGAUCCUAUUUUUUUUUAGAGAACAAGACCGUUAUAGUACUAUAACAUGGCAGUGAGCGCAGUACACCUCGAAUCAGAUGCUUUUUUGGUUUGCAUGAAUCAUGCAUUAAGUACCGAGAAGGAGGAAGUAAUGGGACUCUGCAUCGGGGAGGUGGACACCAACCGCAUCGUCCACAUUCAUUCUGUUAUUAUUCUCCGACGCUCGGACAAGAGGAAGGAUCGCGUGGAAAUUUCGCCUGAGCAGCUGUCUUCAGCGGCAACCGAAGCAGAGAGGUUGGCUGAAAUGACUGGACGGCCGAUGCGUGUAGUUGGUUGGUACCACUCUCACCCCCACAUCACUGUGUGGCCAUCACAUGUGGAUGUGAGGACACAGGCUAUGUAUCAAAUGAUGGACCAGGGCUUUGUUGGACUGAUAUUCUCCUGCUUCAUUGAGGAUAAGAACACAAAAACCGGUCGAGUUCUCUACACCUGCUUCCAGUCUGUCCAAGCCCAGAAAGGCUCUGAGUACGAGAGAAUUGAGAUCCCAAUUCAUGUGAUUCCACACGAGGCCAUUGGGAAAGUGUGCCUUGAAUCAGCAGUGGAGCUUCCCAGAAUCCUCUGCCAGGAAGAGCAGGACACCUACAGAAAGAUUCACAGCUUAACUCAACUGGAUCCGAUCACGAAGAUACACAAUGGCUCAGUCUUCACUAAGAACCUGUGCAGCCAGAUGUCUGCUGUGAGUGGUCCCCUGCUGCAGUGGCUGGAGGAUCGUCUGGAGCAGAACAAACAGAACAUCAUUGAGCUGCAGCUGGAGAAAGAGAGACUAACUCAGGAGUUGGCAACGAUGUGAGAGGGAGAGAGUUAAGGAAUAGACACGUGGGCCUACCGAGUGGCGCAGCAGUCUAAAGCACUGCAUUGCAGUGCUUGAGGCGUCACUACAGACCCGGGUUCAAUCCCGGGCUGUGUCGCAGCCGGCCGCGACCGGGAGACCCAUGAGGCGGCACACAAUUGGCCCAGCGUCGUCCGGGUUAGGGGAGGGUUUGGCCGGCCGGUAUGUCCCAUUGCGUUCUAGCGACUCCUUGUGGUGGCCUGGGUGCAGUGCACGCUGACUUCGGUCGCCAGCUGUACUGUGUUUCUUCCGACACAUUGGUGCUUCUGGGUUAAGCGAGCAGUGUGUCAAGAAGCAGUGCGGCUUGGCAGAGUCAUGUUUCGUAGGACGCAUGGCUCUCGACCUUUGCCUCUCCCUCGUCCUUACGGGAGUUGCAGUGAUGGGACAAGACUAUAACUACCAAUUUGGAUAUCACGAAAUUGGGGAGAAAAAGGGGUAAUGUUGACAUGUUCCUCAUAGUGCCAUAGACCUUCUAACACGAGAGCAAGUGACUAAGUGAAUCUCCUCAUUGCUAACUGAAUGCCACCACACACACCCUAGGGAGUGUUUUCCUGUCAUCCUCUGUGUACUAUUAAACACUACUGUAUUUACGAGAACAUGUCACUAUUUCUCUUUCUUUUAGUUCUUUGGCUCUGAUUAUUGGAUGUGUUUUUCCAUAUUGCUGAUAUAUUUAUAAUGGAUGGUGCGAUGUACUGUGAGCAUGGAAGGAUGUCUCAUGUGAAUUGCCAAUUCAAAAUGUGACAACAUAGUAUAUCCAGGUAUUUGCUUAUUAUAAAGUUUAAAAAAAAUAGUUCUAUGUUGCAAUAUGUCAUGCUUUAUUUGUGCUCCAAGUUAAAUCAAAGCCAUCUCCUUUGACAGCUAUUGGAUUUCUUGUACAUAUGAAUGUUUUCAUAAGGUAUUUCAUGGAAAUGCAGAGUUUUGAGUCCUGAGUGAGGCAUUUUGUCUGAAAACCUCAAAUGUUGAUUCUCAUAGAAGGGCAGAGGUACAAUUUUUGUAAUUAACUAUUUCAUACGAGAUGGGGGAGAUGGGAUAUUGCUUUAUAUCCGUUUGGAAAAUACAGCGUUGUUAGCUAAACGAUGUCUACAUGUGAAUGUAUGGUGUAACCAUAGUAGCUUAUUUAGCAGCCAUUGCUUAGUCAUUGUGUGCCUUGUCAUGCUUGUACAGGUUCUGUUGUUUUGAGGGAUUAAACUGAUUUUUCUCUUUAUGA